CAAAUGCACUUCCUUCUUUCUUAGUCAUCCCAUGUGAAUCAAUCUCCUCUUUUUCCUCCCUUUUCCACCCCACUCCCCCCUUUCUUUUCUUUUCCUGUGCCAUCUUUUCACCCAUCUUCAAUAAUUCUCUCUUGCCUUUCUCUUCCGUGUUAGCUUUCGUUUUGCUGCGACUGUGGUGCCCGUUCCUUCUAGCUGAUGCAGCUGACUCAAAUUCUGUACAUUCCUCGUUUGCUGAUUCUGUAAAAAGAGAGAGCCCUUUGAGUUUCAGGAACAUUUCCCAUGGCAGCUCCAAAACCAGAAGAUAUAAGCCAUCCUCCCAUGGAGCAACUGCAAGGCCUUGAGUAUUGUAUAGACUCAAACCCGAGUUGGGGGGAGGCUAUUGUCUUGGGAUUUCAGCACUACAUUUUGGCGUUGGGGACAGCCGUCAUGAUCCCUUCUUUUCUGGUGCCGUUGAUGGGCGGAACUGAUGAUGACAAGGUGAGAGUGGUACAAACGUUGCUGUUCGUGACUGGUAUCAACACAUUAAUUCAGACAUUGUUUGGCACUCGCCUGCCAACCGUGGUUGGGGGCUCCCAUGCUUUCAUAGUGCCAAUUAUCUCCAUAAUUCACGACUCUUCUUUGAUGCAAAUCUAUGACAAUCAUGAGAGAUUUCUGCAGACCAUGAGAGCUACUCAAGGAGCUCUUAUUGUCUCAUCAAGCUUACAGAUCAUUUUAGGUUACAGCCAACUAUGGGGAAUCUGUUCCAGGUUUUUUAGCCCUCUUGGCAUGGCUCCUGUAAUCGCCCUUGUAGGCUUUGGCCUGUUCGAUAGAGGCUUCCCUGUUCUGGGAAAAUGCGUGGAAAUUGGCGUUCCCAUGCUCAUUUUAUUCGUAGCGUUGUCACAGUACCUGAAGCACAUUCACGCAAGAAGAUUUCCUGUUUUCGAGCGAUUUGCUGUCCUCAUUUCAGUGACAAUCAUUUGGGCUUAUGCACACGUGCUGACCGCUGGCGGAGCCUACCGGCACCGGCCGGAAAAGACUCAAGUAAAUUGCCGCACCGAUCGAGCCAACCUCAUUUCCUCUGCCCCCUGGAUAAAAAUCCCAUAUCCACUUCAGUGGGGUCCGCCAACAUUUGAUGCCGGCCAUUGCUUUGGGAUGAUGGCUGCCGCCUUGGCAUCCCUUGUGGAGUCAACUGGAGCCUACAAAGCAGCAUCUAGGCUUGCAAGUGCUACACCACCUCCUGCACAUGUUCUAAGUCGCGGCAUUGGUUGGCAGGGAAUUGGAAUUUUGCUGGAUGGCCUCUUUGGAGCAGGAACUGGUUCCACCGUCUCUGUAGAAAAUGUGGGUCUCCUUGGACUGACAAGGGUUGGUAGCCGACGAGUUAUUCAAAUUUCAGCUGGUUUUAUGAUAUUUUUCUCUAUUUUAGGAAAAUUUGGUGCUCUUUUUGCCUCCAUACCUUUUACGAUCUUUGCUGCUCUAUACUGUGUUCUGUUUGGACUUGUCGGUUCCGUAGGACUCUCGUUCCUGCAAUUCACAAAUAUGAAUUCAAUGAGGAAUCUCUUCAUAACUGGUGUUUCCUUGUUCCUGGGGCUCUCAGUUCCUCAGUACUUCUUCCAGUACACAACUACAGCCCAGCAUGGUCCUGCUCACACCAAGGCUGGAUGGUUCAAUGACUUCAUCAACACAACAUUUUCAUCACCACCAACAGUUGCAUUGAUCGUCGCUGUGUUUCUAGACAACACAUUAGACUACAAAGACACGGCCAAGGACAGAGGGAUGCCUUGGUGGGUCAAGUUCCGGACAUUCAAAGGGGAUAGCAGAAAUGAAGAAUUUUACACACUGCCGUUCAACCUCAAUCGAUUUUUCCCUCCAUCUUAGUUUUCUUUUUUCCACCACAGGAAAAGAAAAUGGGGGGUGGGCGUAUGAGUUCUGUACCUUGUAGGGCGAAGACGGGUUAUCUUAGCAUUGUAAAUCUGAAUUUGUUCCAGGUUUGCUAAUUUUUUUGUCACCGGAUAUUAGCUUCCAGUACCAUUAUGGUUUUAUCAGAAUAUUCAUUCUUGUA